CUACGCGGCCUGCACACUCAAGAAGUCUAUAUGCAACCAUGACCUGCAUGUCUGUUUGCGUUGAGUUUAAGCGAUGUCGCGCCAACUUGUUCUUGACGCUGUCCCCCUUAUUGCUUUUGGACUCUUCAGUUUUUAUGCAUAUGGCACUUAUGCCGAGUGCACAAUACCACUGGUAGAGGAAAGCGUCCUGCCACCGGAGCAUUGCCGAGUGUUGCAACACAUAUGCGUCGACCACGAAGGUGCCCUCGUCACCUUUGACCCUUUAUCCUAUCAGAUGAAUGGCGCCAGCGGCCUGGACGACUUGCGCUCCUGGGGCACUGCCUGGAACAUCCCCGGACACACCAACAGCGAUGCCAUAGUGGGCAACCAGGACGCCUGGACGCUGCAGGUGCGCCUGGCCACAGCCCUGGAGGCCUCGCCGCUGCUGCGCCGCCUGCACGCCGAGCUGCAGCAGCACCUGCAGCAACAGCCAGGCAAAAGCAGUAGCAGUAGUAGCAGUAGCAGUAGCACUCACGGCACCUACGCCUCAGCAGCAGCAGGAGAAGGAGCAGGAGCGGCGGCAGCAGCAGCAGCUGCAGCUACAGCGCCCAGCGGCACGCUCUGGUCCUCCGCCUUUUCUCGCUGCACGCUUCCAGUAGUGCUGUUGGCGGAUUGGUUCUUCAACUUCAGCGAGUUCUUUGAGAAUGCCGCCACCGCCGCCACGUACCUGUUGCAGCGGCAGGGCAUGUUGCCGGACCGGCUCGCCACGCUGGUCCUGGCCACCCCCGCCGGCCUGGACUCGCCGCCCUUCCACCGCUCCCUGCUGGCGCACCUCACCUCCCGCCAGAUCCUGACUCUGGCCGAGCUGGCAGAAUGGGCCACAGCAGCCGAGAUCCAGGCGGGGCUGCUGGGAGCAGGCAGCGGCGGCGCGGCGGGCGCGGCGGAGGCAGCGGCACUGGGCCAUGGAUCAGGAGGCGGCGGCGGUGGUGGUCAGCAGCACGGAGGGGGAGGGGGGCGGCGGGGCCAUGGCGGCGGGGACCACCAUCCGCGUGUGGGGUGGACCGGUGAGGGUACCGCCAUGCGCUGCUUUCAAAAGGCUGUGGUGUGCAAGCUCAUCGGCUCGCCCAUGCCCCCCCUGGACACGGCGGCGGCUGUGGUGCGACACGUGGAGGCCUCCCCACACGGCCUGGCGGAAGACCCCCUCGGCUUCUACCCCCGCAAACCGGAGGCGGCAGUGGCAGCAACAACAACAGCAGCUGCAGCAGGAGCAGGGGCGGAGGCGCUACAGCCGCCGCCGACGCUGCACGAGGACACCACGCUGCGUGUGGUGUUUGAGGCGCGGGCGGGCUCCACUCGCAACAUCCGCAAUUUGCAUCAGGUCAUGGAGGCAUGUGACAAGUGGGGUGCCGACUUCAAGGCCGGCCCCUUCACCCGCAUCGCCUGCCGCGCCCUCGCCACCGCCGACACGCCCGACCUGCACGGCGGCGCCCGCCUCCGCCACACGAUGGCGGCGGUGCGGUCGGCGCACGUGCUCGUGGCGAUGCAUGGCGCGGGGGCGGCCAACGCGCUAUUCCUGCGGGCGGACGGCGGCGGUAGCGCGGCGGGCGGACUGCGGGCGGCAACCGCACUGCUGGAGGUCCGCCCCUGCGGCUUCGGCUCGCGUUUCGAGUGGUGGGUGGAUGUGCACAUGGCCGUGCAUCUGCCCAGGUCGGGAGACGCGAUCCACUUCCACGCCUACAAUCUGGAGGACCCAGCGCAGUGCUCCCCCGCAGACUGGGUGCUGGCGAUCAAGGCGCCAGGGCCGGGCACGCCCAACACGCGGCACGGCAUGGGCCACGCCAUGCGCGACCAGCACGUGACGCUACAGCCCGAGGGGCUGAGGGCCAUGCUGACGCACGUGGCGUCCAUGCUGAGGGACCCGGAGGGCUACGGCAGGGCUCGCGAGCAGGGCAACUUGCACGGCUAUGCGCUGCCCACGCCCGGCACUGAGGCGGUGGCAUUGGAGCAGACGGCGGCGGGCGACGAGGAGGUACCGGCGCCGGCACGGGGCGCUCUCUGCGGUGUGGUGCUGGGGCCGCCGGGUCUGGCCCCUGUCAACAUGACGGAACACCUGAAGGGGUCGCCGCAGUGGCUACUGCAGCCGCGGAGCGGGCGGUGACGAUGCAGAGGCUGUGUGUGGGGCGAUCUUUGAGUUGGAGAGAGCGUGCUAUCUCGAAAGCGACGGGGCCUUAGCCGGGCAGGGCAUGGGCUGGCACGGGACCGCGAUCCGCACAGAAUCUGGCGCAAUCUAUGGUUUUGGAGUGGAGACUGGAAAGCCCCUGACUGGGCAAAACGCACCGUCUGUAAAAGUAACGCUGCUGAUCGCUGGGACAAGAAUGUCAAGUCAGAAGCUAAGCGAGCCCAGGUAGCGUUGCAGACUUGCUCCCUAACACUGGCAGUCGCUGAAGCAGAGCGCUCUUAAUUUGCUUACGAAUUCUGCAUUGAGUUGAUAGAGAUUGACUGUCAAGGGCAAAGCCGGGGCUUAUCAUUCACCUAGCCUGGGUCUUCGUUUUCCUGCUUCCCCGUGUCAUGGAUUAAUUUAGGGUGCUCUGUCUCCCCUGAACUGACAGGUUUGAUAUUCGGUGCUGGGCGUACGCAGACACCGGCACUCUGUCCAUUGAUUUCACAGAGGCAAUGCCUGGGGUAAUCAGCCACACGGAGGAAAUUUUGCCAGGUAUCCUUGCAGAUUAUUCGGCUGCUGAGCAGCUGAUUUCCCUGGACCUGAACCUGGCGUCAAUUCACACGCCAUGCCACCUCCACGGUGACAACACCGACAGUCAGACGGUCAGUGGCAAGCAGCCAGUGGCGCUGCCAUGGGGCUACAACCAGGACUCGGCGCAGCUGACCGUGUUCCUGACGAGUGAGCAGCGCAUCGGCCUGGUGAAGCAGACGGAGGCAGGGGUCGUAUCUUGUUUGCGGGGGAAUGUCUUGACCCAGACAUUCCUGGCCUCUGGAGCGGAAAUUUUUGUCAAGGGGGUAGACAAACAGGCCCCCAAAUCCACGAUUUUUUUGUCUAGACAAAGUGCCUUUGUGGAAGCCAUGUAAAAUGUCUAGACAUCUUGACAUGUUGCAAUUUCGCUUUUUCGCAACUGUAAA